CCCCGUGGGCGGGUUUGGCCGAGCCCCGUGUGCAGUCGGUGCGCGGUGCGGGCCGAGGUGCAGGUACCGGCACACGCGUUACCCCGGUGUGAAAUCCGAGUCUCAGAUGGGUGAGAUCGUACAGUCUGCGGGGGCCAGCCAGGUGUCCACGGCGCUGUCCCUUUUGCUUCGCUUUCUGGCUUCGCUCACGCAAGGGGGUCCAACCGCCCUAUUCCUGGAGGGAGCCUCCUCUCCUUCUGGGGUGCUGAGACUUUGUGGAAGUGAAUUUAGAAGCCGCCGGGCAGGCCAGACCCUUCUUGGUCUCCCGAGAGGUGCAGAAAAUGAACACAUCUCAGGGGUGCCACAGCAAUUCACAGUAACAGGAACUGGAUUUGCUCUCCUGCCCGCGACAAGAAAACAUCACAGACGAAACGAGACAAAAUACGUGACGUGCAGAUUUUUCAAGAGACUGGGCAGCAGGCAGAAGAGGACGGUGAUGCCCCAGAGGACGGGAGACAAACAGGUGAGCCCUGCAGUUGCUUCCAUUUGCUGCCGGAGAGAGUUUCCAAGUGAAACACGGGGAGGAGAAACCGAAGAGGAGCCCAGUGGACCUCGAGUUGAGGACACUGAGCCGAGACGCCAUGGAGGCCACGGUGACCAGAGGCCACAGGACAGAGUUCCAGAGAGGAGAGAGCUGCAGAAAGCCAGUCAGGAACAUCUGUCCAGGGGGCCCCUCCAGCGUGCAACACGGUAGUGAUCAGCACCCACAUGUGAGGCAAAGUACCCAAGGUCAGGGGUAAGUCAUUUGACAGGACUAGAGGUAACAGUGCCUGGCACUCACACAGGGCUGGGAAUGAUGCUUGUUCCCAACAGAUAGACUGGAAGGAAAAAACAUCCUCAUAAUUCAUGGGGAGGGGUGGCAUGCUCAAGGAGGUCUUUCCUCAGUGUCAGGAAACUCAUUAGCCCUGGACUGAGCGCUUCUCUGGGCCAGUUAGCAAAUCCUGAAAGCAAGACCUGAAACUAUUUCCAAGUAGAUGCACCCUGAACAAAGCUCAGAAUUUGUAGCAACACGGAAAUACCAGCAACCAACACGAUCAAAUCUGGCAUUCAAAGACUUCAAGGUACACAAAGAGGCAGGGAAAUGACCCCUAAUGAGGAGGCCGAUCAGUCAUUUGAAAAUGGUCCAGAGCUGGCACAGAUGUUAAGCAUCACCAGAGAAGGACAUUAAAGCAUGUAUUAAAGGCGUAGUCCGUGAGUUCAAGACGUUAAGUAGACAAAUGGAAAACGCAUAAAUGACCCAGUCUAACUUUAAGAGAUGCCAACCACAAUGUCUGAUAGGAAGUGUACUGACU